GUUUUCCACUCUUCCCCAAUCCCCAUGAAGAUUUAGUCGAUCCGAUUCCCAUGCGCUUCUGUCCUCGGCCGAACUUUUCGGUCCCUUUUUUCUUUCUUCCGGUCAAAGACGAGUAAGGACUUUCGUCGAACCGAACGUGGACUUGUGUUCAAUGUCCCACCUCUUCUGCUUUUUCAUGUCUUGAUCGCCGCCGGGAACUCCUUCCAGCAACGGUCUCUGACUCUCUCCAUUUAUUGUUUACUUCCUCUCCGAAUCAAAACUAUGGAAAUUCAGAUGUAGAAUCGUCUGAUGUUUCCUCCAUUGUUGCUUACUUCUCUCUCGGCGUGUGUGUGUGUGUCUGUGGGCGUUUUCUGAAAACUUGGUUGUUGUUGUACGAGGAGUAAGUGCGAUGGGUUGGAUAGGGGAAGCAAUGGAGUCGAUUCGAUCGCUUCGGAUUAGACAAGUUGCUUCUCAAGCUAUCAGCCUCGGGAUGAUCGUUACUUCUGCUCUGGUGAUAUGGAAGGCGUUGAUAUGCAUCACGGGGAGCGAAUCGCCCGUUGUCGUGGUUCUUUCUGAAAGUAUGGAACCUGGGUUCCAGAGGGGGGACAUACUUUUCCUGCAUAUGAGCAAGGACCCUAUUCGAGCUGGGGAGAUUGUUGUCUUCAAUGUUGAUGGGCGCCCCAUUCCAAUUGUCCAUCGAGUAAUCAAGGUUCAUGAGCAGAGUGACAGUGGUGAAGUGGACGUACUGACAAAAGGUGAUAAUAAUAAACUGGAUGAUAGGAUUCUUUAUGCACCUGACCAGCUCUGGCUUCACCAGCAUCACAUUGUGGGUAGAGCUGUUGGAUUUUUACCAUAUGCUGGAUGGGUAACAAUUAUCAUGACUGAGAAGCCCAUUUUCAAGUACCUGCUUAUUGGAGCCUUAGGAUUGCUAGCCAUUUCAUCCAAUUAAUCGUUUUCCUUAAAGACAGGUCAUCCAUGAGUUGCACAGUUGGCUGGCCAGUUGCUCAGAAACUGAACCCGUUUUCCCUGCAAAAAGAUGGGGAAGGAUAGAGGGGUGGCUUUUGCUCUGCACGUUAAUGGUCCUCAAGUGAAUACCUGGGGCGCUUCUUGUGGUCUAUGAAUUUGUACUUUCAAUACAAAGACACGAAGAACUUCUCUUUCGAUGCUUCACAGUUUUAAUUUUCCAACUGAUUUUUUCGUUUAAAAUAUGGUUAUUGUUUAUGAAGGGGUCUGCUGGCAAUUACUGUUUGCACCUGUAGUAGGGAAGCCCCAUGGAUCAAGCCGUAUACUAUUUUGAGGUACCAUUGUUUGGUUCUCAACAAAAUAGGCUCAUAAGCAUUUUGUUGUAUGAGGAGAGUGAAAGAAAGACAUGGAAAUUUUACCAUGUAAAAUUCUUAUAAUAUUGGAAAGGUCAGGACUUAUUGCAAUGAAAUGCCAUUAGUAUCAA